AUGCCCAGCAACAGGAGUUUUAUUUGGGAUUAUUUCGAUAAAGAUGAAGUAGAAUCAACUGGAAGGGCCACUUGCUAUAAAUGCAGAAAGAACUACAAGACAAGUGGAAAUACUUUAAACUUAAUAGAUGACUUACGACGAGUUCACAAUAUUUUUAACAAAAAAAAACCGUUACCACCUGAUGAUACAGACUCUCCUUGUCCAAAACGAUACCGGCUACAAAAUAUACAGGAAUUCGUGGAACAUCCAGCUCCGUACAACAACAGGGAUUAUCGCAGGAAAAAAGCACUUGACAAAGCUCUAGUAGAUUUGAUCUUAUCAGAUAUGCAACCUUUCUCCAUUGUGGCAGAUUGA